AUGUCUGAUUACUAUAGAACCCAUGGCAUUGAACACCAAACCUCAUGUGUUGAGACUCCUGAGCAGAAUGGACGAGUAGAACGUAAGCAUCAACACAUUUUAAAUGUGGCUCGUGCCCUAAGAUUCCAGUCAGGGGUUCCUUUGAAGUUCUGGAGUGCUUGUAUACUUCAUUCAGUGUAUUUAAUUAACAGGCUGCCUACUCUAGUUCUCAAAAACCUUUCUCCUUAUCAACUACUCUUCCAUAAACCUCUUGAUCUCAAUGUUUUAAAGGUUUUUGAGUGCCUUUGCUAUGCUUCUACUUUGGUUCAUGGUCGUACUAAAUUCCAAGCCAGAUCCUCCCAAUGUGUUUUUCUUGGUUUCCCUGCUGGGAUUAAGGGUUACACCCUUUUAGACCUUGAAAACAAAAAGUUCUUCAUUUCUAGGAAUGUUGUCUUUCAUGAGACCAUUCUUCCUUUUCGAACUACCUCAAUUGAAUCACCAACUCCUUUUCCUUCCCCUCCCAUUUCUCCAUCCUUAGCACCUCACAGUAUAUCAGUUUACCAACCCAAUUCUUCUCCAAUUGAGGGAUCAGGGGAGGCCAGUACUUCCACUUCUACUUCUCCCUCAAUUCCUCCUUCUCCUUCAGCAGUCAACCCUUCCAAUACCAAUACUCCCUCUGGUCAUUCCUCUUUGCCUAGUUCUGCUAAUGAUAAGUCUGUCUACCUAGAGGAUUUUGUUGAUGAUGCUCCUGAACUAGAGGUACAAGAAGAGUUUGAAGGCAGGCCUAUUCGAGCUAAUAGAGGCAAGUUGCCAGUUAAAUUUAAAGACUACUAG